AUGGAUAUAUAGCAAUUUGAAAAAGAACUUGUACCAAAACUUUAAUUCAAAGCUUCCUCAAGAAUUAGUAUUGAAAAAGUUUUACAAAAUAUAUUCAAAUUCUUUGAUCUAAACAAUGAAGGGUAUUGGAAGAAGCAAGACUUUUUGAAAGCAAUUCCAAAAGCAGAUGUUACCAUUCCAGAUUAAGAAUUUGGAUAAUAGCUUUGGAUAAAUUACUCUGUUGAUGAAGAAGUAUAUUAUAAAGAUUUUAUCAAUAAAGUGGUUGGUAAACAAUAAAUGGAAGAAUAGGCAGAUUCAAGAAUUGUAUAAACAGGAAGUCCAUUAGAAUAGUUAAGAUUAAAAUUACAAUAGAAAGGGGCAUUAGGCAUUUUGAACUUAGCGAUUUGCUUGCCAAAUUAGUAUAUGAGUACUUCAAACUUGAUUAAUUAAAUUAAGAGUCAAUAUUUGAAUCAAUCAAGAUAAGGAGUAGUUUCUUAUGUAUUUUCCACAUUUGAAUUGUGA